AAAAUUUUGUGUUUACAGAAAAAAAAAUUUAAGCUUUGCUAGUCGAAUGAAUAUAUCAUAAGAAAUUGUUAAAGAUUUUAAGCAAAAGUGUAUUUAAAAGAUAUUUUUUGAAAUGUCAUCAGAAGCUGCUGAAAAUUCACAACACAGAAUGGAUCGGAGAAAGAAGCGCACCUCCACUAACCAAUACAUCUUAUAUAUAGAAAUGAUGGAAAAAGAUGCAGUAUUUGCCUCUGGGCGAAUACCGCGCGAUUAUGAUCCAAAUUAUUUACAUCGAAAAUGGAAGGAAUUAUCGGACAAAUUAAACUCUUGUAGUAACGGUCCAACAUUAACAGCCGAAGAGUGGCGCAAGCGCCUUAAUGAUUGGAAAAAUACUACGCGUUGCAAGUACAGGCGAAGUGUGUCGGGUGAGAAAGAUAUAUCAAUGACGUCGUUGGAAUUGCGAGCUCUAGAACUUUUCGGUAAAUCUCCUAGCAGUUCAGCUCCACCAGAGCAGGUUACGAUACAUUUUAAAUCGGAAAAAGAUGAUGAGGAAAUGGAACAUAUAUCUACAACGGAGACAUUCCAGAAGCAAUUACAGGCGGCCGUCGAAGAAGCAAUUGGGGGGGAUGAAGACGGUGAACAUUUAGUAGAAACAGAACAAGAAGAAGCUGAAGAAAUUUUACCCGAAGCACAGAAUACCUCCGUUAUCAGUAGUACUGGGGCCGGUGGCGACACAAUUGUGGUAGAAGAGACAACAUACCAUGAAGAUGAUGUUAAAGGCGAUGAGCAUUUAGAAUUCAUUACGCAGCGACGGCCAACUAUCGUGUCAUCAUCAACAGCUAAUUCUUUGCAAACAGUUGUUACGUCCGCGCCAACAGCAACCGUGACGAAAUUAAUAAACGGCGAUAUACCAUUAAAACGUUUGAGAUCACAGAUAUCCGAUCAGAUUAUAUAUGAAGUUAAAAAAGCGCCCGCGCAAGCAACCCAUACGACGCGAACUUUUACAGUUACUGCUCCGACUAUUCAACAUCACCAUCAGCAGGCGCAACCAAUUUCGAUUACGCAGGCACAGCAACAAAUUGGGCAGGAAUUAACUGCAGCUGGUACAACAGUAAUUGCCACCUCGCAAGAUAUGCGUGAAGUGGCGCGACAAUUGAAGAGACUAGCAGACAUAAAAGCUGAAAAGUUGAAAUUCGAGAUUGAGCAAUUUAAGUUUAGAAAUCCUGGUUUUAAUUAUAGCUUUAAUCCGUUAUAGUACGGUCAUCAGCCAUUAUUGAUUCUUCAAUAUAAGAAAUAAGAAAUGCAACUGAUUAAAUUCAUAACGUAUAAUGCUAUAAUGCCGAAAUCGCGGCAUCAUAUUUUACUCCAAUUAAGUGAAAUUUUUCACGUGAUUCAUUUUCGUGUUCACGUGGAGUGCAUCUAUUUCUUUACUAUUUACAGGCAUUCACACACAAAUACACACACACACACACACACACACACACACAGAAACUAGUACACA